GGAUCUUUUCUUCAAAUCGAUGCUCGAUGGCUCCGUAGUCCGUGCCCAGAAUACGACCAUUUGGACGUCAAAGACCUAGAAGACUAGGCCUUCCGCCACAAUGGGUUGCACAUUGAGCGGAGAAGAGAGAGCAGCCCUUGCACGGAGCAAAGCAAUCGACCAAAAAUUAAAACUGGACAGUGUCCGCGCGGAACGCGAAGUCAAGUUGUUGCUGCUCGGUAUGCUUGAAAUAGUCUGGUAUUUGUUGUUAAAUUAUCGGUGUUUGAAGUCGGUUUAUUUUGCUUUUUUUUUGUAGAUAUAUUUUCUUGAUACUCUAAGUUCCUUUUGUAAGUUCCCCAUCGCCAACAGUCGGUCGAGCAUAAAAAAUUCUAUCGAACUUGAGCGUUAACUUAGCCACUUUAGUGCAAGCUGUAGGCUGUGUACGGUCAAAGGGGAGGCGUGGACCUUCAGCUCAGAAGGUUGACUUGCCGGCACCGAUGACUUUGCAAUUUUGUAUAAACUGUAUUUACUCUGUAGUAUUGAUCAUGGACAUUACUUCCAUUUAUCUCAGGCGCAGGGGAGUCGGGCAAAAGCACCAUAGUGAAGCAAAUGAGGUUUGUGCAAAUUUGAAGACUCUUUACAGGCUUGUUUAUAACUUGGUUACCCGCUCUGUUUACAAGUCUAAAUCUAAUGUGUUCAUGGUAUGUUUGGUCUUUAAUUUCUACUGUUUAGAAUCAUUCAUGACCAUGGGUUUUCUCCAGAGGAUUACAGUCAGUACAAACCAGUCGUUUUCAGCAAUUCAAUUUACUCAUUGCUCACUAUCAUUCGAGCUAUGGACAAACUGCAUAUUGACUUCGAAACAGACGAGAGACUGGUAAGGUCAUUGUUAUUUUCCCUGUAAUUUUUCUUUGUUUAUCAGUUGUGUUAUUUCUUACAUUCGAUUGCAUCGGUAGUAGAGGGAUUAGUGGACCGUGCAAAUGUUUUGAAUAUUGGUUUUGCGUUGUAGAUGGAUGCGAAAAUGGUGUUUGAUGUAGUAGCCAGAGCGGACGAUCAGGAACCAUUCACGCCCGAGUUAACAGCGGCAAUGAAACGCUUGUGGGCUGACGCUGGUUUAAAACAAUGUUUCCGAAGAUCUAGAGAAUAUCAACUAAAUGAUUCUGCGAGAUAGUAAGUGUUAAAAUUAUGUUAGUGUAAUUCCAUUCUCUAUGUCCUCGCCGCGGAAAUCAGGGAGAAAUAUAGGGUACAAAGCGAGUGAAUAUUUUGAAGGUUGUUUGCAUCGCUCUUGGUAGCUGUAAUACUACUGGGCAUGCCCUAGUGGAUACCGUUUCCUGUUAUUUGAAAACUGAAAGACAUUCCGCGUAGUAAAGGGGAAAGUUUAGAACACUUGGGGUAAGAGUGGGUGAAGUUUAACAAAGAGAGCAUUUAAAGUUGUUUUGCUGGCGUUGUAAUAUGUCAUUGUUUUGUGAGUGUAAUUUUCUACCGUCGGACGAUGAAGGUCAAAGAUGGUUGGUCGCACUCAUAAUUUCCUUAGGCUCAGAGGCAACGAAAUUUUUAAUCGCGAUCAUGAUAAUUAGGACCGUUAAUUUUGCCAUGUGUGUUGCAAAUGCCUUCGCAAGGUUGUUUAUUUGUGGUGAGGAAAGCACGUGCUUAACGCUUUGUUUUGCCCUUAGAGGGAAAUGGAUGGCUGUAAUUGUUGCUUCCUGUUCCUUAGAAGUUAAAUGUUUGAACUUUUAAAACAGCUGGAGUCACUCGGUUUAGUUUUGUCUGGUGUCUACUGCGGUUAUAGAGUAAAUCUAGGAAUGUAAAACUCAUAAACAAUGAUCAGUGACUUCCUGAUCCUUUUUCAACGCCCUCAACUGAUGUUUUGAAUUUUUUUUUAUUUUUUUGGAUAUGUUGUUGAGUUCUCAUCAAAUAACAAGCUUUUUGGAUUAAUUUGCUCUGUUUAAGCAUGCAAGUUUGUAUGCCUAUAAAAUUAAGUAUUUUAAUCACAUCACAAUUUGCUUACUUCAUUGUUCCAAAAUUCUUUAUGCUCCAUGCAAAGUUGUUCUGAUUAUUCAAGGGAAAGUAAAAUUUACCAUACUAGCUAAUCAGUUAGGACAACAAUGUUGUGUAUUCAUAAGUACCAUGCAAUGGGGAUAAGCCUAAGUAACUUGUAUGUUAUAAAUGUGUGUUAUUUUUUUUAGUAAAAUUUUCCAGUUAUGCCUUGUUUAUUGUAAUGAACAGUAUAUUAAUGAGGCUUUUUAGGUGACUUAGGCCCGGUUCAGACGCCGUACUUUUCAUGAGCCGAACCUAAUUCGAAUUAAGACCGACCCAAAUUAUUUGGACCGGUUGAAUUGAUUCAGAUGCCGAUCUUAAUUCCAGCCGAACUAAAUUUAGAAGGAGAAAAAUGCCCAUUUCGGUCAAACUGCUUCGAAAAUAUGUUAUAAUAAUUUUUGCGUUAAGUUAGGUACAUGAAAAGUUCGGCAUCUGAAUCAAAGCCAUUCCAAAGUCGCUCCAAAGGUGAAAUUCCUGGCUGGGCUAGGCGAAAAGAAUGGCUGAGCCAUUCCAAAUUGAAACAGGCGUUCCUAAUUUAUUCAGAUGCCAAACUUUUCAUGUACUUAAUUCAAUGUAUUAGGUUCGGGUCAUGAAAAGUUUGGCGUCUUAACGGGACCUUACUUUUUAGGAUAAUAUUCUGUAGCAAAUUGAGUUUGAAACAUUUGACAGCCCCAUCUACAUUCACACACACAUUCACAUGUGCUUUGGACUUCACAAGAAGUUGAUGCAUAUUAGACUGAGCGUGUGUCAGACAAAGAAAAUGUGUCAUAUAAUGCUCAUGAGUUGCAUGGUGAACCAUGCAUUCAUGUAUGGCAGAGAAUGGGAGCGUUGUCAGCAGAGGUUACUUUUUGCCUACCAGUUUGAAAAAUAACUGCUGAUGUCAGUAUAUUUCAAAGACUACUUUAAAAUAUUUUUAUAUCUUGUGCAUUGGAUGGAAAAAUAAAUUUCCAAAAUUGACUUUACAGAGAUCAUUGAUAUACUUGAAAAGUUGUACAAGACUUUGGUAGUUACUAAAGGUUUUUAAAUUCAUCCAGCCUAGCUUAGACAGUCUUUCAUCUUAUUACACUGUCCUUGCCAAGAAUCCAAUUGGAAGCAUUUUGUUUAAUUUGUUCUAAUUUAUCUGGUGGGGGCUCCAUGUGGGAAACACAUAUUCAACCAUAGGAUGAGGCAUUGAUGUACACCUAUUUCAAUAAAAGUUGCUGUGGGAAUCAUGCUUUGGUCCUUGAAAGCCAUUGUUUGGUGGUCACUCAAGCAAAGCAUUGCAUUGUAUUCUGCAUUUCAAUGACCAAAUCCCAAAGCAACCUUUAUUGAAACAGGUGUAUACCCAGUUUUCAUAGUGUCAGUGCCUUCUGGGCAAAUGGAAAGCAAAAUUCUGGACUGGUAAAUUUCAUUCUGGAAUUGUUUUUACCAUUUCCACACUGUAUCAGCUCCAUUUACCAUAAAAUGGCAGGGAAAGCCGAAGAUAGCUCCGUAAAAAUGGAAUGUGAAUUUCUGUUUGGAACAUCCAGAGUAGGAAAACAGGACAACCUUUUCAGAAGUACUUUUCCUUGUAGGAAUUUUCAACAGGAACAACCCAAAAAGAAUUGCUCUGUUUACUUUCCAUCUGAACCGUUUUACAAAUGGUAAUCAAGCUAAGAGUUGGUUUGUGUGAUUCCUCUGUCAUUUUCAUCUAUUUGACUCUCUAUAAUAAGGUAGACACCCGUUUUACUCAGACUUUGUCUUACAGAGAAUAGGCCAUUUGCAGCUUUGGGGUCAGGUGGCCCAACUCAUGGCAAAAUUGUACGAUACAGCCCUAAAAAUACCAGGCAUUCAAAGCGAGUAUAACAAAUAGUGGGUCUGCCAACUUUUAGGUUUUUAUGUUGGUUUGACACUAUGUGGUCCAGCAAUUUUUUCUCUUGUAACUUUGCAGGCACAUAAAAUAUUACUAUGUGUUGAUCACCUCAAAAUUCGCUCGCAAGCAAAUUGUUUCAUGCCCUUUCCAUCUCUGGUAUAUUUGAGUUGUAUCCCAUAAUUUUCAGACUCCUGCUGUGGCAGUUUUAUGUGAAUAUUAUUCAACCAGUGAGACGUACAUAUACCAUAGUGAUGCUGACAAUGCAGCUUUCUUCUUACAGCUAUUUAGAUUCACUUGAAAGAAUUGGAACUUCUACUUAUGAGCCAACGGAACAAGAUCUCUUGAGAACAAGAGUCAAAACAACAGGCAUUGUUGAGGUGCAGUUUGAUUUCAAGAGACUUCAUUUCAAGUAAGUUAUCUGUAUUGUUUUAUUCAAGUGAGCUAUUUGUAAAAUAGAGAUGAGAAGUUGUUGUGUCACAUCGCCAUGGUAGCAAAAUUUCUGGAUCGACAUUGACAUACAUGACUUUCCUAGGCAUGAUUGCACUAAGGAACAAAAUGGUAGCCCACUUCUUUUCUUCCAUCGUUCGACUAUGGAAGUGGCCAUCACUAUCAAGAAAUAUUGUUGAGAUCCAGAAAUUUUGCUACUAUGGUAACAUGAUGUCACCUUUUUCUUUAUUCAAUUAAAACCUAGACAACAGACAUCAUUUAACAUUCUUUUUGUUCCUUGUAGAUUGUUUGAUGUCGGAGGACAAAGGUCGGAACGUAAAAAGUGGAUUCACUGCUUUGAAGAUGUCACGGCAAUAAUAUACUGUGUGUCAUUAAGUGCAUAUGACUUGACGCUGCAGGAGGAUGAAACAACGGUAAAUCAACCAUUUUUGUUUAUUUAAUUCAUGCUUUGAAACCAAAACUCGAAGCUCUAACUAGCAUUAAUGUAAGAUGAGGUGCUCGCCUCUUCUACGUUUAUACUUCCCCUUCUUAUGGGCUUGCUUUAAAUCACUUAGUCUUAGCAACACUGGCUUUGUCUUAUCUGAAACCCUGGCUAUGGUUCAGAGCAUUUAGAAAAUGCAAGUGAGUUAUUGCGACAGGAGUUUGACAAAUGACCUUCUGGCCUGGGUUUUACAAAGAUUGGAUAGUGCUAUCUAACGGAUUCACUAUCCAGUGGAUAAGUAUUAGAGAAACCAAUUGUGUUUAAAACUGCAUAAAAAUUUAUCCAUAGGAUGGUGCUAUCCACCAUUUGAGCAACUGGGACCUGGUUACUGACCUGCUAGGUCUGGUGGGAACAAGGGCUUCAUUGUGACAGGCAUCCUCCAUACUGUUAUUUGCCGUCCCAUAUAUGAUAAAAGAAACCUUAAGAUCCAACGACGGUGACAGCUUCAGAAAAUGCCAUUUAAAAAGUGAAUUUGCAUUUUUUAAAUUUUCAUCCUGACUAUUCAAACUCAUUUACUUUGUCAAAUACACCUAUUUCAAUUAAGGUUGCUUCAGAGAAGAAUGAUGCAUGAUCCAUGUUUCAUAGCCUGCGGUGCAUUAUUGUAGCAAGUCUAGUAAAUUAUGUGCCAGCAAUGAUCCUAGAAACCUAGAAAGCAAACGCUGCUGACGCUUCUAUGCUAUGUCAGCAGAAUGUUAAGACAAUGUAUUUCAAAACACUGAAUCCUAGGCUUUUUAAUUUAAGACAGUGAUUUGAGGGUAGGUUUUUCUCUGUGGUAAUAUGCAAGUGCUGCAAAUUUUCAACGAGUUUGCGGGGCUCGUGCACAUGGGAAUUUUCGAUGGAGUUAAAAAAAAAUCAAAUUCAAGGCGUUUGUUGAACAGGGACCCUGGCUGGGUUGUUCAAAGCGGGCUAAGAUAAGCUGAUAACCCAAGGUUAGUGCGAAAUUGGAAUUCAGAUAUAAAAGCUUAAAAAGCAAAUUCAGUUUAAUUCCCUUGGUCUGCAAUUUGGUGGUGGAUGCUCUUAAAAGAAUUACUAUUUUUUGGGCAUUUUUUUAAAACUGUAUAAAAAAAGAAUAGCAUUGAUUUUCUUAAUUGAAAUAACCAGCAUUCUGGCCCAUGCAAAAACGCAGCUUAAUCAGGCGGUAAAACCCUAUUCAUUUCAUGUUGUUAGAAGAAGAGGCUUCUAAAUUAUUGUUUACUUUGAGAUUUUUAAAAAUGAAAUUUUCCAGCUCGCUCAUUCUUAAGAAUUUUAGCAGCCAUUUGACUUGAAAGCUCUCUUGAAUGCUUUUUCACAAAUGGUCUCCAUUAUUUCAAGGAACAUGAACAAGACUAAACUUCCCGCUACAACAGGGUUUACCAUGGUGCACUGCAGGCUAUGAAACAUGGUUCACGGGAGCAACAUUAAAUAGGUGUAUACGUGGACUCCCCUUGAAGUGAAUUCUUAAGAACCCUAUCCAAGUCCAGAAAGAGAAAAAAAUUUCAUUGUCACUUGUUUUUGCAAUUCAUAAUUUUAACUUUUCUUAAUUGCACCUCAUUUUACAAGAUUUUAGAAUUUUGAUAAUUAUUUAAUGGAGUUUUUAUAGUAUGUAUGUUAGUGAGUUAUUAUUUAAUGGUAGUUUAUAAUUCUAACUCUUAGUACAUUCUAGUUUCGACUCUAUAUCAAUUUGUUUUGUAUUUUUAGAUUGUAUUUUAGAAAGUUAGGUGUCCCCUAUUAGCAGUGGGGAAUCCCCUCUGCUAGAUACGUUAAUAAAGUCAUUAUUAUUAUUAUUACUCUCCAUAAAACGUGAAAUAUUUAUUAUACAUUUUCACGUCCUAGUUGUACAGUGGUAUCAAAGAAAUGUUCAUAAGAAGUGUGCUGCACGUGCAAAGUUGUUGUUUUCCUUAUUAAACCGAUUCCUUUUUUGACAUUCUAGUUAGUGUCAUUGUUGUCGAAUCUUAAGGUCCAUAAUAAUCUAUAGGACUGUGGAUGUAUAGAAAAUUGAAGGUAGAAAGAUUUUAAGACACUUAUUCAAGUUUAAUCUCUGCAUUUGAGUGACCAUCAAAAUGAUUUAUCAAAGUGCUUGAAAUAAAGUUACUAUUUAGUUUGAUGUGCAUGUAUUGACACUUUUUCCCUCCUGUAGCGAAAAGAAGUUAUGUGUAUAUUGUGUCUUUGUUUCUCCAUAAUAUUGUUUGCAUUGUAAUAAAUACAAGUUUUUCUAACUUUGUCUUUUUUCCUGUAGAAUCGAAUGGAGGAGAGUUUAAAAUUAUUUGAGUCAAUAAUCAACAACAGAUGGUUCAAUGAAACAUCAGUUAUACUCUUUCUGAACAAAACAGAUUUAUUUCAAGAAAAAAUAACAUUUUCACCGCUCAAUAUAUGUUUUCCAGAGUAUACAGGUAAAGUUCUAGACUUAUAACUCAAAAGUUACUUUAGCUUCCCUUGGUUGUCUCUCUCUGAGAGAUAUGUUUCAUGUACCAUAAUUAAAUCAUCAUAAAUAAAAUUAAUAUUAACAGUGAUAGUUUUUUUUUCUGAUCUUCUUAGUGAGUGGACAAACAUACUUUUCUUCCCCAGUUUAACACUGUAUCUUUAGGAACAGACCAUUAAUUUUUUGGACAGGAGAGGAUGAACUGUUUUUAAGACAACAAUUUUUUUUCAUUGUCUAUGCAAACUUUGAUAACCAUUGACUCUCUGGAAUCAUGGUUUUUAGAAAUAUGACACUCAGCAAAUUUUGAAAUGAAUUACAUGAAAUGCACCUUGGGUAAAUAGAUACACCAUUUUCCGGCAUAGCCUGUUACUGGCGACUUUUUUUGUUCUUCCUAUAUUUUGUUGUAUGCUGUCAUCUGUCAUAAAUUAAGGAGAUCAACAGCAAAUAUAAUGUUUCAUGCAGUAACAUAGAAAAUAGCUCCUCUUCAUGUCAAUUAGGUUUUUUGUAUUUAGUGUUUCAGCUGAACAAACAUAUCCUUUGCUCUAGUUUGUUUUCUUUGUCACCAACUCAGUUUUCUCCACGGCCAUUAUUUGUCCAAUUUGAUAAAAUAACCUAUCAGUGUUAUCAUAUAGAAUGAACUUCGAACCAAUCUUAGCUACUACUAAAAGUAGAGAUAACGAAUACUUUUAACAGUUUUAAUUUGUAAUUGUACAUUUUCACGACUUAUUUUAGCAUUUUUAACAGUUUUUAACUUUUAAUUGUACAUUUGCUUUCAGUACUUGAAAUAAUAUUGUUGUAUGCACGACCCCACCAGCAAUGCUGAUCUUUUUAUCAUGCUAAAAUAAAGUUCUUAUCUUAUCUAAGUUCAGGGACAAAUUAAAAAAGGGGAAGUUUCUUCAUAGCAAAGUUGUGCAUGCCCUUGUAUCACAGGGGAGAAAGUAGUCCUUGGUUAUUGCCCAAUUUCAGGUCAUGUGAUUUCCUAAGGUUACUUCCGUGUUAUUAUUCAUGCACAUAAAGUGAAAUCUGCAACAUUACUUGGUUGAAAAUGGGAAAGAAAGACAGACUUUCAGGUUGCAGAUAAAAUAAAUUUCCCAGCUUGCCUUUCAGACAGGUUUUAUAAUAAAUACACUCACCCAUGAUUAUGUAAUGCCUCAUCAUAAUUAGUUAUAUCCCUCAAAUCUAAAUUAAUAUAAGGCAAACUAACCCACCCACUAAACGUACAAGUCCCAGGCUUUCGAACAAGACUUUGUUUGCGUACUGCCAAACUGAAAAAGGUUAAUGUGGUGUACCUUGUGAAGGCAUAUGAAAACCAUUGAAGCUUUUUGUUAUUUACUUACUGAUAUACAAGAGAGAAUCUCUUGCUAAAUAUUUGUGUUUUUAAACUUUAUUUCUGGUGUUAUAUUUAUUUUCUGUUUUUUUUUUCCAGGACCCAAUACUUAUGAGGAUGGAUGCCUUUAUAUAAGGAGACAAUUUGAAGGAAAGAACUUGAAUGAUGAUAAAGAAAUAUAUGUUCAUCUUACAUGUGCAACGGACACGCAGAAUAUAAAUUUUGUAUUUAACGCGGUUACUGACACUAUAAUUGCAAAUAACCUCAAAGGAUGUGGAUUAUACUGAUUGCUCUCGUGAUCUGGUGUGGCUAUGGGGAUUGAAAUCAUGUGGCAGGAAAACUGUUGGCAGUUGGAAAGGAGUGGCACAUGACUUGGAUUUUGGCAAGGUGUUGUCAAGAGCUGCAAAAAAUACAGUUCAUACGAACGAAUAGAGUUAAACAUGCUAUUAAAAGGAGAAUGCUCUUCAUCUGUUUUCAAGACGAAGAUGGGAAAUCUAUCGAAACAAAAUAGCAACAGAUAACAGUGUCUGGAAGGCGAGAUGUAUCCGUGGAUUUGAAACUUCCCUGCGAGCUCAUAUGCGUAAUAAUAAUAAUAAUCACUAUUAAUGAUAAACAUUAGUAGGCUACUCCUCUGAUCAGUACAUCUUAAGGAAAAACAAAACACCCAAAAAUGACAGAUUCAAGAGAUAUUCAUUAAAUUUUUUAUUUUUGAUUGAAAUUUUUAUUCAUAGCCCUGUCACGGUGUAUGCUAUAAAUUUACUAACAAUUUGUUCAAUGCCAUGCUUUUUAGUCUUGAUAAUAUUAUACCCACGUGUUGGAGACGUGCCUUACAUUCGGGGAAUUUUUUGAUGGAGUCAAUUUCUCAGACGGAUGAAUCAUUAUUAGAAAUUACUAUAUUAUACGUAGGACUUAAUAGUUAUAAUUAUUAAUGUAGCUUGUGGAAUGUCCUUUAUUGAAAACAGUUCAUAUAGGAACUAAAAGUGCUCUUAAUAUUGCAAGAGUUUGGUGGCCUCGAAGUAGAUUCUAUUUCCAAGCAGAACACAUGAAUUGUACUCGUCAUUUGUGCAACAAGCUAUAUAUUGACACUUUAAAGAUAAAAGCAGCUAUUAGGUUUGUUUUGGCCGUUGUCGACUGGCUGACAAAUAAAUCACUGGGUCAAGGAAUGAAGCCUUUUUAUGAAUCCAUUGCGUAUUAAAUUAUACUGUUGGUCUUAGUGUUAAUCACUUAAAACAACGUCAUUCAUCUGUUUAGCCCACUUCAAACACAAGGACUGGUUCACACUAAUCGAUCUUAGUGGC